UUCAUUUCAUCUCUCCUUUUUUUUAUCACAGAAGAAGAAAAAAGCAGAAGCUCCUUUGAUUUAUAUCACUCAAGACUUUAAUCUUCAUCUGACUAUUGAAGCUGAAUCAAUGGCUGGAAUCCUAAAGCUCCAAGCUUGGAGUAUAUUGUGAAGAAGAAGAAGAAGAAAAAAUCGAAUUUACUUUUUUAUUUAUUAAUUUCUGGAAAAUGGCAUGUGUGGGUAUGAUCGCUAGUAGCUUAGAUCCUGAGAGGAAGCAAAGUGGAGGACUUAGAACAAAACAAGCUGGACGAGGAUCUUGCCGUGGAAGUUAGUCUUUCGUUUCAAUCUCUCCUUUAAAGAAUUUUGAAAUUGCAGUGUUUUUAAGUGAAGAAGAUCGUUCUUUAGUUGGAGCUGAGAGAGCUGAGAGAGAGAGAGAGAGAGAGAGGCAAAAUGGGUGUUUUGCUAAGAGAAGCGUUGAGGUCUAUUUGCGUUAAUAAUCAAUGGUCUUAUGCUGUUUUCUGGAAAAUCGGCUGCCAAAAUUCAAGUUUGUUGAUUUGGGAGGAAUGCUACAACGAAACCUCCCUUUCCGGACAUGACAUUGAUACCCAAGGGACUGUUCAGUUGCUUACAAACAGAAUGAUGUUGAACAAUCGAAUCAUUUUGGUAGGAGAAGGGUUAGUUGGGAGAGCUGCAUUUACAGGACAUCAUCAAUGGAUUCUAGCUGAUAGUUUCAACCGCGGUGGUGUUCAUCCACCUGAGGUUAUUAAUGAGAUGCUUCUCCAAUUCUCUGCUGGUAUUCAGACCGUCGCAGUUUUUCCAGUUGUUCCUCAUGGUGUUGUUCAACUCGGUUCUUCCUUGCCUAUUAUGGAGAACUUGGGUUUUGUGAAUGACGUGAAGGGUCUUAUCCUGCAACUUGGAUGUGUUCCGGGGGCUCUCUUAUCCGAGAGCUACACAACAUCUUAUGAGCCUCCUCCCGCUGCUGAUUUUAUCGGAGUCCCCGUCUCCGGUUUAAUGCCCUCUCAAGGACACAAGAUCCUCCAGUCUUCUGCUUUUGUAGCCGAAGCUAGCAAACCACAUUUCAACUCCACUGCUUCAUCAUCAGAUCAUCAUACAUUUGAAGAAGCUUCCUGUAAUCAUCUUGUGGAUGAGCAGCAAGGAGGAGGAUGGCAAAACGCAACAAGUUUUCUAGCAGGACCAGAGGCUUGGCUGAAUCAAAACUUGUCUUGUAUGUCUAAUGCGGAGCAGCAGCAGCAGCAACAAACCCCAUGCGAAGACUCCGGCUCGAAACGAAGCGGCGACGACUUGUUUGAUAUGUUGGGUCUGGAUGGUGAUAGGAACAGAGGCUGUGAAAACAGUUGGGGGAUGAUGAGAACAGAACUGCUCACUAGGGAGUUAUCAGACUUUAGGAUCAUUCAGGAAAUGGGUUCUUCUUCACUCUCAGGAGGAGCAGAGGAUCAUCUCUUGGAUGCUGUGGUCUCAGGUGCUUGUUCCUCCGCUAAGCAGAUCUCAGACGAGACUUCCGAGUCAUGCAAAACCACAAUGACCAAAGUCAGUAACUCUUCUGUUACCACCACACCAUCUCACAACAGCCCUCAAGGUUUAUAUAAGAAACAAGGGACACCUGUGGUGGUGGGGCCAUCGUCUCAGAUCAGUUCUUGGGUUGAACAAGCAUACAGCUUAAAGCGUGAGGGCAGCAGCAGUCAAAGGGUGAUGAACAAGAACAAGAACGAAACUGCAAAACCGGCUAGUAACCGUAAAAGGCUUAAACCAGGAGAGAAUCCAAGACCAAGGCCUAAAGAUCGGCAGAUGAUUCAAGAUCGUGUCAAGGAGUUGCGUGAAAUCAUACCAAACGGUGCCAAAUGUAGCAUAGAUGCGCUCCUGGAACGUACAAUCAAACACAUGCUCUUCUUACAAAACGUAUCGAAGCAUGCUGAUAAGGUGAAACAAACCGGAGAGUCUAAGGUUAUGAAAGAGGAAGGAGGAGGAGCGACAUGGGCUUUCGAAGUAGGGUCAAAGUCUCUAAUGUGUCCCAUUGUAGUUGAAGAUAUUAACCCUCCUCGCAUCUUCCAAGUUGAGAUGCUAUGCGAACAACGAGGAUUCUUUCUAGAGAUCGCUGAUUGGAUCAGAAGCUUAGGUCUGUCCAUCUUGAAGGGUGUCAUUGAAACUCGUGUAGACAAGAUUUGGGCUCGGUUCACUGUUGAGGCGAGUCGAGAUGUGACAAGGAUGGAUAUAUUCAUGCAACUAGUGAAGAUUUUGGAGCAGACGAUGAAAUGUGGAGGAGGAAACUCUAAGGCUAUUUUGGAUGGGAUCAAAGCUACAAUGCCCAUUACCAACAGCACCUUACCGGUUACUACUGGUGGUUGUUCAAUGUAACUGACCGGCUUGGUUAAAAGCUGGAUGAUUCAUAUAGAGGUUACGAGCGGACCGGUCCAGGAGGCUCGCUAUGACUAACUAAAAAACGUCAGUCUGAAAAUCGGUUUGGCUGUUCAAUGUACAUUUGCUUCUCCUUUUUUAUUUAUCUUUUGGGAUUUUUUUUUGCAAAUUUUAUUUUCUAUAUUGAAUCUCAUUUGUGUGGAUUUUUUUUUGUUACUUUUAAUCCUAUGGAGACUGAUAUAAUGAAUUAAUCAUGUUUUUGGAGUGUAA